AUGGACCAAGAAGCGUGUCUAGACCUCGACGACGAUGCGAUGGAUUUAGAUGACGUGGAUCCUACCGCUCCUGCAAUGUCAGCGGCCGCCUAUUUCAGACAAGUGAAGGCGGAACGACGACAGACGGCUGACGUCGUCAGAAUUCAGAAUUCACAACAGAAUGCUCCGGAAUCAACGAAGAAGAAGCAGCAACAAUGGCUGGAGAGUGUUGGGUUUCAGAAGGAGGACGGUGCUAAGAAUGAGACGUCGUCACUAGUCCCAUCUGUCGAAUGGCGUGCCGAAAAAUGCCGUCAAUUCGGAGACUUUCGAGAAAUUCUAGCUGAAAAAAUCGCAAAAACCCAACCGAUGAAAAUCAAGCAGCUGGCGGCGCCUUCUGACGACGAGUGGCACGAGAUUCUUCUGGAGAAGUGUCUUCCAGAAUUUCAGGAAACUUGCGGGAAUUUCAAGAAUCACACUGGCACACCGCCAAGUGUACUAAUGGUGUUGGCGAUUCCCAAGAGACAUCUAAGUCAAUUAAUCGAAAAUCUCGUCGAAUGGUCUUCCGAAGAGGGUCUAAGUCGUCCGAUUCGUGAAUGGAUCUAUGCACUUUUAUUGGUUAUCGAUUUGCCGUUGGUUCAGGAUGUGAUAGCAGCGUUGAGGACGUUGGCCAAGGAUUGCAGAAAACUUCGCUCUCGACUACCAGCAGAUCGAAAAGCUGAAGCAAACGAGUACUCGAUGUUCAUCGCGAUCAUUGGCACAUUCUUCGGGCAGAAGGAUCUGGCGGAUAUUUGA